AUGACCACUACGACUUCAUUUACGGUCACUAAAGGACCCAUUACAAUUGAGGCUCUCGAUCAAGGCACAGGUCCUGUCAUCGUCAUUCUUCCCUCGCUGGCCCGUGGAGCAAACGACUACGACACUGUGGCCCCAUACAUUGUUGAAGCUGGCUACCGUGUUAUCCGCCCUCAGCCUCGCGGCAUUGGCAAAAGCAAUGGUCCCAUGGACAAGCUGACGAUGCACGACUUCGCCGCCGAUGUGGCCAUGAUCCUAGAUCACAUCGAGUGCGGCCCGUCUGUUAUCGUAGGCCAUGCUUGGGGCAGCCAGCCAGCACGCAUGCUGACCGCCGACCGUCCAGACCUCGUCCGUGGCGUCGUCAUGGCAGCCGCCUCAGCAGGCAAGAUCCCCCCUGGCUCGACAGAGAAGCCCUUUAGUCGGCUGCGCACUGAGAUUGACGGGUCUGGCGAUAUGUCCCUCCCCGAGUCUAAGCGUCUCGAGUACCUGCAAACAGCCUUCUUCGGGCCCAAUGGCAACCCGCGUCUGUGGCUGGACGGGUGGAACGAAGCCGCGCACAAGGCUCAGGCGCAUGCGCGCAUCCAUACACCUGUCGACGAGUACUUUUCUGCCGGAAAGACUGUUCCGAUAUUGGAUCUACAGGCCGAGCACGACGCCGUUGUCGUAAAAGAUGUGAUGAAGCCGCAUCUGGGCGACCGUGUUGAGGUACAGGUUAUCAAGGAUGCUGGCCAUGCUAUGGCGCCAGAACACCCAGAGGCUAUGGCCAAUGCUAUCAUAAACUUUGCCAAGAAUAUCUAG